CCUGGAGCUGUUUCUUGUUCAGGUAUUCUUGUUUUGUCAGCUAGGGAGGGUGUUGUUCGGCAGAUAAACACAUGGGAUAAUCAGCUGUUUUUUGGAAUCAUUUGCGCAUAAACGUAGUGAAAUGUUAUCCUUAAAACUUAAUUUGAGAUCUUCUAGGGUGAGAAUAGCGGUAAGUGUGAAUGGAUAAAGUCUGGUUUCACCAGUCUCAUCUGAGGAUGGGCAUUUGAUCUUUGUUCUUCUAGGAUGCAACUGGCUGUUAGCUAAGUAGGGAACAUGAAUCAUUCACCCUCUAAAGAUCUUUGCAACUGGCUGGCUGUGAAUAAAAUAAAAUAAAAAAAUAAAAAAUUCUCACCACACCAAGAAUAAAAAUAAAUAAUUGGCCCGAUAGUCUUCAUUGACCCAAGAGAAACCGUGUGCUCGCCUCGCCACUACAUGGUUUCCAACUUCUCCCUCUUUCCCUCUCUGUCUCUUUUUUGAGGCUGUUAGCUUUGCUUCUUACUGUUGGUUUCUCUCUGCAUUUGUUCAGGUAACAUUAAGAUAUAACAUUUGCAGUUCUUGUUUCUUUAGAAUUGUGCUCAUAUCAUAUGUGCAGUACAUAUUGUUUCUUUAGAGUUGAAUUUCUCUGUUUCUCUCUGCUGAAUUGGAAGUACAAAGUAACAUGUUUGGUAAGAUGAUCCAAAUUUCAAUCCUUUUCAUUUUUCAAGCCAUUUAUGAUCGUCUUCGUUUUUAUUCAGUUGAGUGUUUGAAUUAGCGAAGUUCUUUUUUCAUUGAGUAGUGUUUGCUGCAGCAGCAGCAGAUUACCAAUGGCGUUGAGCACCCAAAGAGCAUCUGCUUUUCUUCCUUCAGCUGAUCAGUCGGCUCCUCCUCAAUGGAACUACGAUGUGUUUUUGAGUUUCAAGGGUGUAGACACUCGAAAUGGCUUUGUGUCCCAUUUAUACCACGAAUUGCAGCACAGGUGCAUUAAAACAUUCAAGGAUGAUCCAAAGCUUGAAAGAGGGACAACUAUUUCUUCUGAGCUCUUCAAAGCAAUCCAAGAAUCAAGGCUUGCAAUCGUUAUUCUCUCGCCAAACUAUGCUUCUUCUUCCUGGUGCUUGGAUGAACUUACAAAGAUUCUCCAAUGUAUGAAAUCCAACGGCACAGUUCUGCCUGUGUUUUUUAAUGUGGAUCCCUCCGAUGUGCGAAAACAAAGCGGCAGUUUUGCAGGUGCCAUCACUGAGCAUGAGAAAAGGUUUAGGGAAGACAUAGGAAAGGUGAAGCGCUGGAGAGCUGCUUUAACAGAAGUUGCCAAUUUAUCUGGGUUUGAUUCAAAGAAUCAGUGUGAAAGAAAGCUCAUUGAAAAGAUUGUUGAAUGGGUGUGGGGGAAAGUGCAUCACACAUUGAGAUUGUUAGAUUCCACAGAGUUAGUGGGACUUAAGUUUACACGUGAGCAAAUAGACUUGCUUUUAGCUCCUACAGAUGAUGUCCGUUUUAUAGGGAUAUGGGGGAUGGGAGGCAUUGGCAAGACAACCAUUGCUAGGCUUGUUUAUGAAAGCAUUUCUUUUCAUUUUGAAGUUCGCUGCUUUCUUGCUAAUGUUAGAGAGGCUUCUGAAGGUAAUCGUCUUGUCGAUCUACAAAAGCAGCUGCUUUUCCCGAUCUUGAAGGAACAAAUUACUCAAGUUUGGAAUGAAGAGUGGGGGACCUAUUUCAUUAAGAAUUGCUUAUGUAAUAAAAAGGUUCUUCUCAUUCUUGAUGAUGUGAAUGCAUCAAGCCAACUAGAGAAAUUUGCUAAGGAAAAGGAUUGGUUUGGUAAAGGGAGUAUAAUCAUCAUUACAACUCGUGAUGAACGGUUGGUUAAAAAGCAUGAUAUGGAGAUAUCAUAUAAGGUACAGGGAUUAAAUGAUGAUAAGGCUCUUAAGCUCUUUAGUCGAAACGCCUUUAAAAAAUUUGAGCCUGAGGAAGGUUUUCGGGAAUUGUGCAAUUGCUUUGUAAAUUAUGCUGGAGGCCUUCCAUUAGCUCUUAAAAUUUUGGGAUGCUCUGUGUAUAAGAGAGAUCGAGAUGAAUGGAAAAAUGAAUUGGAUAAGCUACGGAAAAUUCCUAAGAUAGAAAUUUUCAAUUUGCUCAAAAUUAGUUUUGAUAGACUAGAUGAGAUGAACAAGAAUAUAUUUCUUGAUGUUGCAUUUUUCCAUAAGGGGAAGGACAAGAAGAAAGUAAUUGAAAUACUAGACAGUUGUGGCCGUUGUGGUGGGAUAAAUGCUCUAGUUGAGAAGUCACUCUUAACUUUUGAUAUUUUAAACAACAUUGUUGGGAUGCAUGAUUUGAUACAAGAAAUGGCAUUUCAAAUUGUUCGUCAAGAGUCUCCUGAAGAGCCCGGUGGACGCAGUCGAUUGUGUCAUCAUAAUGACAUCAUUCAUGUAUUGAUAAACAAUACGGCAACUAACAAAAUUCAAGGCAUCGCCUUAAGCAUGGUGAAACUUGAAAAGGCGGAUUGGAAUUGUGAAGCAUUCUCUAAGAUGAUUAACCUGAAAUUUCUUGAAGUUGAUAAUGUGAUCAUUUCCUCAAUCCCCAGAAUUCUUCCUAAUUGCUUAAGAAUUCUGAAAUGGAAUUGGUAUUCUUCCAAAUAUCUCCCAUCAAAUUUUCAACCGAAUAAACUUGUUUCACUUGAGAUGCAGGACAGCAAACUAGUUCGGCUCUGGGAUGAACGAAUUGACUUGCCCAAUUUGAAAUACAUGGACCUUAGUUGGUCUCAAAACUUAGCAGCAACCCCAAAUUUCACUGGCAUUCCAAAACUCCAGAUGUUGGAUCUUAAAGGGUGUGAGAAUUUGGUUGAGAUUCACCCGUCCGUUGCAUAUCUCAAAUGGCUUACAGAUCUAAUACUAUAUGGAUGCAAAAGUGUUAAGAGUCUUCCAAGGGAGGUAGAAAUGGAUUCUCUUAUAUAUUUAAGUCUUUGUGGUUGCUCAAAACUGAAAAAGAUUCCAGAAUUUUCAGAACAAAUGGAAAAUUUGUCAAAGCUUAGUUUGAGUGGGACGGCCAUUGAGAAAUUACCUUCAUCAAUUGGACGUCUUGUUGGCCUUACUUCUCUGGAUGUAAGAAAUUGUACAAAUCUCUUGGGUCUUCCGAGCGCAAUUUGUAAUUUGAAGUCUCUUAAAGCACUCUGUGCGGAUGGAAGCUCUGUUGAAAUGAUUAAAGUACGUAGAUCACAACCUAAUAAAUCAAGGUUUUGGUGGGGCCUCCAAAGAAAGGCUUUUGUGUUGGGUUCGCUACAUGGUUUAUGGUCUUUAAAGCUUUUGGAUCUGAGUAUUUGUGGUCUUUGUGAAGGGGAUAUUCCCGUUGAUAUUGGCUGCUUGUCCUCUUUAGAAGAAUUAAACCUUAGUCGAAACAAUUUUGUUAGCCUUCCUGCAAGCAUUGGAUGUCUUCCUAAGCUUAAGUCACUUAAGGCGAAUGGGUGCCAAAAGCUUCAACAAUUGCCCCAUCUCCGCUUUGGAUUGGUUGAGAAUGACUUCUACAGUAUUAGAAUAUACACAGAGGAUUGCACUUCCUUAAAAAUGUUGCCAAAGUUGAGCAUAAAAAACAGAAGAAGAAGUUAUGUUGGGUUCGUGUUGAGUUGUGUGAAUUGCAUUGGAUUGGUUGAGAAUGAAGGCUGCGAUGCUAUACUUGGAAUGCUCUGGAUUGGUCUGGAUUGGGGAUUCCUUCAGGUACCUCGUUGGAAUAUUCCCACUUUCCAAAUUGUAAUACCUGGAAGUAGAAUUCCAGAGUGGUUCAAUAAUCAAAGUGUAGGAGAUUCCUUAAUUGUGGAGCUACCUCCAUGUACCAUGUCCAUUUGGAUUGCUUUUUGUGCUGUCUUUGAAGAAGGUGCCCCUGUGGAUCACCCAAAUCCACCUCAUGACCUCUCUACCUAUUUUCGAAUUGAAUGUCGCCCAGGAGAAGGUGGCCCUGUGCGUUGUAAUCCCAUUACUAAAGGCCAUCUACUGUCACCUCACCUUUGGGUAUCUUGUUUAUAUCAUUAUGUAGUCCACAAAGAAUGCAAUCAGAUGAAGAUUUCAUUCCGUACCUUUUAUGACCUUUCAGACAGAAUAUAUUGCUCGGGUAUAAGGAAGUGUGGGUUCCGUUUGGUGCACAAGCAAGACGUGGAAGAACUUUACCAAAUCAUGAUGAUGAACCAUUCCAUCGACAUCAGCACAAAAGCUACUUCUCCGCACAAUUCUCACAAUUCUGCUGGUGCAAGUGGAAGCUCUCACCAAAAAUCUCUCUGCCGCAAAAGCUAUGCUCUUUCCAAAUGGUUUUUAACAAAACUUGUAAAGAUUUUCUCCCUCUUUUUAACAACUGCAAUUUUUAUGAAAUCGUUCAACAAUAGUAAAAAAUGGGGGCGCAUUGGACUUUUGAUUUGGAGGGUAACCACUUUCAUUUGCUUCUUCGGUCUUGCACCUCCUUAUUUUUUGCUAUUGUUGAAAACUUUAAUAAAAGCUGUGAUUCUUAAAAGAGCAGCUAAAUUUUUGCCAACAUAAAUACUUGAAAGGCCGAUAACGCUCUUCUCACAAUUAGUAAGUCACUGCCAUGUCUAGCCAUAAAUUUAUCAUUAGAUUCAUCUCUUAUUGUUUGAUCACAAUUUACAAUUCGUUAGAUCCAUACAGUUAUAAGGAUCUGUUUGACUGCUAUAGUUUUACAAAGUUCCUUUUUCUAUGUAUGU